AAAUUGAUAAUAGCAUUAAAAAUACAAAUGAAAGCAACACUCCCAAUUUAAAUAACAAUUGUCCAGGAGAGAAGCAAAUUGAUAAAGAGUUCAACAACAACAUAUUUAAAUCAAACAACUAUCCAAUUCAAAGUGAGAGUGACUGGUUCAGGAUACGGAGAGCUAAUUCCCUGUCAUCUUGCUUUAUGGAUUACAAAAUGAGGUCAUCCGCCUAUUUGAGAGAACAAUGCAAUUCUUGGGAGAACAUCGACAUUUCACAUUGGCAACCUACUGCAACUGAAUCUUUUACUAUCUACAAUGAAAAGAAAUUGACAAAUCAACUAAAGUCCAUACAGUUUCAACGUGGCGGCAGUGUGGAUGUGUUGAAUGAUGAACAUACAAGCAAUGUAAGAAAAUUGUAUGAUGUGAGAUGUCGCAGCUGGAGUAGAGAUAAAGAUGCCAAUAAAAUGAAGAAUAAAAUGUAUGAAGCACUUUUAGUACCUCUUACAAGCAGUAAAGCUAUAAGAAUGAUGCAGCUGAUGGGCUGGAAGGGCGGCGCGCUGGGUUCACGCGGCGAGGGCAUCACAGAACCCAUUAUGCCUGCUAUUGGCAUCCAACCAGGCGCAGGCUUAGGACAUGGCAGUAAUAGUUUUAAAAUGAAUGAAAUCCCAAAAAAGGAGCCCCCACCUGUUCCCGUUGUGCAACCUGAAAAUAUACCUAAUAGAGAUAAAUUCUCGAAAAAAACAAAAAGAUAUAAGCGGAAUUAUACAGUAAUAAAAGGUGAAGAGACCCGUUUGAAGAUAUUAAGCAAAAUCCUUGAGUUUAUUAAAUCCUGUGAACCUAAAAUGGUAUUAUAUUUUGAUGAAGUACUUAAAGAGGAAGAUACGAGAUUUGUUAUUUGUAGUACUGAUAGAUUUAAUAGAAGAAAGUAUGUUCGCAAUUUGCAAUCACAAUAUGGUGCGGACGACCUCAGGAAGGUACAAGAAGUCAUGUUAACUAAACCCCAUAUGAAUCUGGCUGCUAAAAUAUCAGAAGAUAAUAAAGAAAUAGUGUUGACAAAGACAUUAAAAGGUGAAAACAACAAUGAAACUACUCAGGACUUUACUAUUGAUACCUACGAUUCAAUUAGAUCAAACAUCUCAGUAUAUAGAUACAUAAAGACAAUGAAACCAAGAGAAUCUUAUGGUAUUUUCACAAAACAAUCAUACGAAUUAUUAGGUUUUAAACUAUCAAUGUUAGAACAAAUAUUAAUGUUCUUGGAUAAAAAACAAUCAACAUUAAUGUUAUAUGUAGAUAUAAAUUUAUAUGAAAAAUAUACGGAAUUCUUAAAAAACUUCGUUGAUGUUAUAAACAUGGGUCGUAAACCAAGAUAUGCAACAGAAGCUGAAGAAUCGCUUGUAGAAAAGAUAUAUAAUAAGAUAGGAGAUUAUUGUUUGAUUUUAGAUGUGUUCAGACCACUCAAAAUAAUAAAACUUCAAAAGAAAAGUCGUAACACACAAGAUUCUGGAGUAUGCGAAUCAAAAAAUAAUGAACAAGAAACAAAGGAAUUAAUACAAACUGAAGAUAAAAAUGUCUCAGAAGAAAAACAAAAUAAUGAUAAUUUAAAUCAACUCAAUACUUCACUAGAGUUUCAUAUUGAAAAAACUGUUGAAAUAAUCACUACAAAUAUUAUGAAUAAUUUAUCACAAAUAUAUGGAAAAGGUGUUAAUAGUACGGUUUCUGAAGACGCUUUGAUGACACAAGAAAAUACACAAACAUUAAGAGAACCCGAUACUGAAAACAAUUUACCUAAAACAAAUAAUGUUGAAGAUGAUAACAAAGAUAUAAUUACAAUUGAUUUAACAGAAGAAAAUGUACAAAUUAAUGAAACUAAAAUAGAACAAGUUCAAAAUACACAUAUACAAGAUUUUAUACAAGAACAGGCAAAAGAAAAUUUUGAAUAUAACAUAGAAAAUGAAAAAAAAGACACCAAUGAAGAAAAUAUAGAGGUAACUGAACAAGAAAUAGAUGAAAAAGAUUUAUCCAUUGAAAAUGAAGAUAUAUUAAAAAUAAUAGAUGAUUUAGAAAAAUCUAUCAAACUAGAAGAACCACUCAACGAGGAACAUAAUCAAAAACGUAAUCGUUCAGAUUCCAAUGACUCACAAUUACAAAAUACAAAGAAAAUUAAACUUCCUUCAAUAAAGUGUUAUAAACAAAUUCAAAUAACACCGAAUAACUCAUUUGAAACGAUGAAUAAUAAUUUAGCAGGAAUUGUACAAAGUCUUAUAUCUAACGCAAUAGAUGAUAGUGAUUGUUUACCGUUGUUACAAUGCAAUGGUAUUGUGGACGAUAAAUUAUUGUACAUAUGUUAUAAUGAAAACACAUAUACAUGGCUAAAAACAGUAUUAAUCGAUCAUUUCAAUGUUUUAGUUACGGAAGUGAAUUUGGAGGGUAGACGUAAAUUAAAAAUAAUAUUAAAAACUUACAUCUAUGAUAAUGCAACGAAGAUUUUAAAUAGAAUAAAACUUUAUAAUUCAUAUUUAGAUGUAGAUGAUUGGAAAGUACAUAAGACAUUUGUUUCAAUGGAUUCUACAUAUAUAUGGGUUGAAGUUGAUGAAGAAGAUUAUAAUUGUAUAAGUCGAAAUGAUUUUUCAUUAUUUGCUGGAAUCGAUAAAGCUAAAUUCAGUGUUACAUGGGAUUAAAUUUAUUUACAAAUAAUUUCAGCGAAACGUAACAAAAGACUUAUUGUACAAUCGCGUACACAAAGGUGAGUGGAGUUUUAGUAAUCUAGUCGAUUAAAAAACAUGUAUCGGUGACUUACACAGUUUUUUUUUAGUUUACGGGUUUAUCUCUCUACUAUUAGAUGUAAUAGCAUUUUACAAUUUCUGGUGCCAUAAAGUAUAACUAGAAAUAAGUAUUGCACUAUUAUUAUUUCAUUGAAUGUUUCAUUUUGAAGACAUCCACAGCGAAGGCAAUAAAUUGUCAUAAAUACUCAAGAUAAAUAUGCACAAAUUACUUUAUUUGUUUCCAUUCUUACUUCUCUCCAAGUUGUUGAUAACCUCAUGAUUUUCACUUUGUGUCUUUGUUAUUUUGUUCUGUUUUUUCAAUAAUCUUUUCUCAGUUGCAACAAAAAGUAACUAGUGACAGAAAAGUGUUUUUUUUUUCUAUUGAUCUGACCUAGUGAUUAUGUUAUAUUUAAGAGAAACUGCUCCUUAGUUGAUUAUGGGGUUGACCUUGAUUAUUCGGUAGUGAUUCAGUACUAUAGUGUAAAAACUAUCUUAUCAAUAAUAUAGAAAUCAUGUCUAUUUUUACUAUUAUUCUUGUAAGAUAUCCGAGCUGUGCUUAGAUGAGUGAUAUAUUUAAUAUUUGUUAUUAGAUAAUAAGGAUUUAAAAUAUUAACCA